ACAUACCAAAGAAAUCUUUGAGUUCAACUUUGGAUAUACGGCAAAAAUUACGAAUUCAAUCAAACAGAAGUCGGUUAGAUAUUUCUUUUCCCUCAUCAGAUUUAGAUAUAUGGGUAUGAUGCACUUCUGUUGAUGAAACCGAGACCACUUCAUUGAUUGAGUUUCGAUACUUCAAAGUUUGAUUCAUGGUUUGGUAAAUCUCGAUUCUCCUUUUCACUAUUACAGCUUCAAUUUUUGUUGGUGUUUUGUAUGAUUUUAGCAUCGUCUUCUUGUUCAACAACCCUAAUCGAUUAUUGGGUUUCGAGUUUCCUCUAUAUCGGAUUUUUCUUCAUGGGUUUAAUUACAUUUUAGCCAUAGAUUUGGUGCAAGAACGCUAUUUGGAGGAAAAAAGGUGUUGUUAUUAGUUUAUUUAGGGUAUUGUUUGUUGUUUAGAUCAGACUUUCUUCCCCAUUUUGCUGUUGAAAUCUGUUCAAUCUGCCCUAAUUCAAAAAGGUUUUUGGAUUUACCCUAAUCAUCUGAUUUUCUGAGGUUGGGUUUAGAAUCACAUAUUUGUUGUUGAAUGGAAUCAACAAGUUUGUGAAAAAUUGGAUGUUUCUGUUUGAAAAUUAGAUUGGGUUGUCUAAAUUUGAUGAGAUGGAGGAAAAUGCAGCAGCUUUUCAUACUGCUAAGAAUUCAGUACAGGCAUUGGGUAAGGGUUUUGAUGUAAAUUUCGACACGAGAUUGCUAUAUUGUAAGGGAGUGGCAGGGUCUAAAGUUGUGGAGAUUGAUGAAGAACACAAAAGGGAUCUUUGGUUGUAUGAUAACUUGGUCGUGCCGAAUGUGUCAAGGGAUAUAGAGAACAAUCAAGAUCCAGUUAACCGUAAUAGUUCUGGGGUUUGCAAUUAUCAUGAGAUGGUCGAAUAUUUUAACAAGAGAGCUAACCUAUCAGGCAACGUUCCUCUUGGUAGCUUUAAUGCUGCAUUUAGCCUUACGGGUUCAAAACAUAUCGAUGCUGCAGCCACCAAGACCCUGUGUAUGGAUGGUUAUUUCAUUCCACUUUCUAAGUUUGAGCUCACAAAGUCCUCUCUAGUGUUGCAAGAAAGCGUUAAACGAGCGGUCCCCACAUCAUGGGACCCACCAGCCUUAGCAAGUUUUAUCGAGAAUUUUGGCACACACGUUAUCACAUCAGUUACGAUUGGUGGGAAAGAUGUCAUAUAUGUCAAACAACACCUAUCGUCACCGUUGUCAACAGUCGAGAUAAAAAACUACGUUCAGGAUAUAGGAAACCAGAGGUUCUCCAACACUGAAAACCUUACCGAUUCGGGUCUUUUGAGAUACAAGGAAAAGGGUGGUGAUCCGUCGUUGUUCAGUAGCCAAGGCAUAUAUCCUCAACCCACAAGUGCACCAUCGCUCAGUACAAAUGCAAAGGAAGAUGUAACAGUUAUUUUCCGAAGAAGAGGAGGAGAUGAUCUGGAGCAAAGCCAUACUCGAUGGGAGAAAACUGUGAAAUACUCCCCGGAUGUCAUUGGCAUGCAAUUCGUUCCCAUUACUUCUCUUCUCGAAGGAGUAGCUGGAAAGGAGCAUUUGAGUCGUGCUAUAGCUCUCUAUCUUGAAUACAAGCCUCAGAUUGAAGAGCUGAGAUACUUUCUCGAGUUCCAGGUGUCACGAGUAUGGGCACCGUUACAGGAUCGGCUUCCAGGCCAUCAAAGAAAGGAACCUGUUUGUCCAUCUUUACAAUUCAGCAUGAUGGGUCAAAGGCUUUAUGUUUCUCAAGAUCAGAUAUCGGUGGGGCGGAAGCCCGUGACUGGAAUACGAUUAUGCUUAGAAGGUUUGAAGCAAAACCGGUUAAGCAUUCAUAUUCAACACUUGCAAUGCCUCCCAAAGAUCCUCCGACCAUAUUGGGACACACAUGUAGCCAUUGGUGCACCUAAGUGGCUAGGACCCGAGGAGCAAGACAGCCGAUGGUUCGAGCCAGUGAAAUGGAAGAACUUCUCGCACGUCAGCACCGCACCCAUCGAAAGCCCCGAAGCCUUCAUCGGUGACUCAGCCGGCGUGCAUAUCAUCACCGGGGCCCAGCUCGGCGUCUGGGAUUUUGGGUCCAGAAACGUUCUGUACAUGAAGCUUCUAUAUUCACGGCUGCCCGGUUGCACCGUACGAAGAUCUUUGUGGGACCACACUCCUGAUAAGUCAAAACGAACAGUGGGUCCCGGUGAUUCGAGCUCGGGUUCGAGCGGAAAUAAUAGGUUGGCGAAAUUUGUCGAUAUGGCGGAGAUGAGUAAGGGGCCAGCGGAUCCACCGGGGCACUGGGUGGUUACUGGUGGUAAGCUGGGGGUGGAGAAAGGGAAAAUUGUAUUGAGACUCAAGUAUUCUCUGCUAAACUAUUGAGUGUGGUUAUGUUAGUAAACUAUGUAAUGUGGGUACCGGGUCGGGUCGGCCCAAGUUGGGCUGAUCGGGUCAUGGGUUUAUCGUUUUGGAUGUUUCUUUUUUCUAAUUUGAUUAGGAAUGUUUCGAAUUUUGAAGAAAAUACAAAAUAUUUUGUCGAACUUGUGGUAUGGUUGAUAUAUAAA